UUUACCCGAGCCUGUGGAUGACAGUUGUCCCCCACCCCUGGCUGCUCUUCGUGUCCCUACCAGAUGCUUUAGCACCAUGGGUGUUCUGGAAAGGUUUCCACUGCUCCAGAGGCUUGGCUGAGUCUGUGGUGCUGCAUCUCCUCCCAGCUUCAGAAACAGCCCCUUGCAGCCAACGGUGCUCGACAGAGGAGCACAGGAAUUGCUGCAAUGAAGUCUGGAGAACCAGGAUGGGGGAAGCACCCAGGCACCCUGAGCUGCGGGGCACCCACGUUGCUCCUGGCCUUGCUGGGGCUCCUAGGCAUGCCUGUGGCUCGCAGUGACUGUGGGCCCCCGCCUCGCAUGACCCACUCCAGACCAUCCAGCGAUGAGCACGCCAGCAGCUUCCCCGUUGGAUCCAGGGUGACGUACACGUGCAUCGAAGGUGCCAUCAAAAUCCCCGAGAGGUCGGACACGGUGGAGUGCCUGCCCGGCGCACGCUGGUCAAAACUGCCCGAGCCCUGCGGCCGGAGCUGUGCUGCCCCGACAAGGUUGCGGUUUGCUGCCCUGUCCGAGGCGGACGAGAGGAUUAAUUUCUUUCCUGUUGGGACCAACGUGAGCUACGUCUGCCGCCCCGGCUACGAGAACACCUCGGAAAGUUCCCCCACCAGCACUUGCCUUGAAAACCUUGCGUGGUCGGAAGCUGCGGAGCUGUGCAGGAGGAGAUCCUGCGGCGACCCAGGACCGCUGCCCGGGGGCAGGAUGGUCACUCUCACAGACCUGCAGUUCGGUGCAAUGGUGAAAGUGUUCUGCGAGGACGGGUACAAAUUAGAUGGGAGCGAUUUCAUCCAGUGUCUGCUUAAAGGAAACGAUGUUGCGUGGAGUAAACUUCCAACCUGCGAAUUGAUCACCUGCUCUUCACCGCCUCAGAUUAGCAACGGAAAGCACGAUGGCGAAGGUGUAGAAAAAUUUGCUUAUAACUCAACCGUGACUUACAGCUGUGACUCUGGCUUCCAACUCGUUGGAAAUGUGAGCAUCCGUUGUACGAGUAUGGACAAAACAAGCGGAGUCUGGAGUGGAGCUGCACCUGAAUGCAAAGAGAAAAGCACAUCUGUCAAAGCUGGAGCAAAAGGAAUGGAAAGGAGUCCUCCUUCCCAAAGUUCCCGUGGAAAUGCCAUCCAACUCUCUAAGAAGGCUUCCACAUGGGAAAUGAAGCUCAGCCUUUACAAAAAGGCACUCCAAAGUUCCAACUCCUUCUCCCCUUCCUCCUCUUUCUCCAGGACACCAGCGUCAAGGGGCUGCGCUACCUCAGCAUCCAGAUUUGUUGUACCUCUGUACAAAACCCAAAGCUACUAUUCUGGAUCCGUGUGUCCUCCAAAGUACAUGGGGAUCUCUGGCAUCCUUCCCCAAGCUGGCUGCUUUGAAAACUUAAAAUGGUCUAAAGUUGCAUCAUUCUGUGGAACGAGGUCGUGGGCAGCCAGGAGAAGCUGGACAUGGCAGAAGUGCUGCUACAACAGAUUUCCCAUCCGUUGCAAAGGAUCAUUUUAUCUAUAACAAAGUAAUUCCUCCUAACAUCCCAAAUCCAGUUAAGAUUCCCAGCUGAUCGGACCAGCCUUUUUUCAGGCCGGGAAGCCGCAGUUUCUCAGAAACCCCCCAGGCCUUCUGCAGAAUUCCUGAUGAAGCCCGGUUAUGUCACAACCUGUUCGACUCGGUGUUUCCACAACCGCAGACUUCCCUGCCUUGCUAGCGAUGCCAACCUGCUGCCAUAACAAUCACUGUAAACACAGGGACUCGCAGGACGGGCUCGGAAAGACCCAAAUCUCUCGGCUGGGCUGAGCUGCUCCCUUAACUCGCAGGGAUUUCGGGCCGUAGCGUGGUCCGGUUGCAGAUACCCCCAUGUGAGCUGCCAGCAGGGUUGUGCUGAAAGCAAAAUACUGAUUUCCUUGUCUCGCAAAGUUAUGUACAUAUUUCUUUUAGGAAAUCACACUGCUUUCCAUGCUAAAUUGAAUGUUGCUCUUUAUAUCUUCAGUACUUUAAGCACUUUCUUUAGCAAAAGCUUUUUUUGUCUCCGACAUAAGUUCUUCGCAGUUAAUACUUCUGUUCAGUUUACAGGAAAGAUAACCACCACGAGUGGUCUUGGUAUCUACUAAUCUCAUAUUGUAAUGGAGCUACUUCUGCUUUCCAAAGCGGGGAGGCAGCUCUGUAACGCUGCAGGCUGUGAGCACAUCGACCAGCAGAAGCAACUGCUAAAUAUACUCUCCAGUGUUGCAAUACUGCAACAGGGAUGUUGCAAAUGUCAGGUUUAUGCUGUUGGCUGCUUACCAUCUUUGUCCUAUACAGAACACUAUGUGCCUUAUAUUUAGGUGCCUUUCUG